CAGAACAACAAAGAGGUCUGGCGGACCAUCAAAAGACACCUGCGGAGAAGCAUCUAGCAUUACAAACAGCAGGUGGAUAAGCACUGUCGCACCCUGUUUUUCCAGCCUGGUAUGGCUGUCAACCUGGGGCGUUAAGCUGAAACUGCUGUCCAAGAAACUCAGCUCCCGGUUCAUUGGGCCCUUUAAGAGCCCUUCCCCUGAGGUGUGCAUGCCUACAGUGCCCUAAAGUGCAAGGUCUCCACAUGCUUCUUCCCCGCUAGAAGAGCAACUGUCCAGUGAAGCCCCUCAGUUUGUCCCUGCAUGUGCCACGUCUCACCACCCCCCGACCCCUCCAGCCGCCAUGUUGUUGGGGCUCUGCUGGCGCAGGCACAAGUGCAGCGGCGUGAGCGCCCUCAUCGUGCUCUCUGUCUGCACGGCCUGCGCAGGUCUGCUCCUUCUGCUGUCCCGGCUGCGCGAGGGCACGGAGGAGCUGCUCAGGCAUAAACAGCACUGCAGGCAGCAGGAGGAGGCACUGUCUGUUCAGCUGCAGGUGGUAUAUGAGCAUCGCUCCCGUCUGGAGAGAUCUUUGCAGAAGGAGAGAGCAGAGCACAAGAAGACAAAAGAAGAUUUCCUGCAGUACAAACUAGAGAUCCAGGAGGCACUGAACAAGGAAAAGAACCAGCUCGUAGAUCUGCACAGCCAGCUGCAGUUGCAGCAGAAAGAGCAUGGACAACAACACCUUGCUCAGCUCAAAUCCCUUGAAGACUGCCAGCAGCGGGCAGCACUACUGCGCACGGAGAGCCAGGGACAAAUCUCAUCACUGCAGGACCUGGUGGUGAAGUUGCAAGAAGAGAGCAAGCUGUUGAGACACUCUCACCAGGACAUGCAUCAUAGGCUGCUGAAUGCUCAGGCCCGAGUGGAAGAGCUCCAGCGGGUUCGGAAGACCUUUCCCAAGAAACCUGGCCAACCUGCAACCUGGCGGGAGCAGGAGUUCAUCACAGGCUUCCUUCAGCUUGACCAUAAGACCACUACUGUUCAUCAUCCUGAAGAGAAGUCACUGCGCACUGUGACCGAAGCCCCAGGGAAAAUCCAUCCCAUCAGCCAAAGGGGCCUGUCUGUCAGAGAUGUGGAGAAAAGAGGAACUGCUGGGACUAAUGAGUUGGAGGGUGCAAGAGCAGAGAUCCCUGAUGAUGAAAGGGAUUUUGGUGGAAGGCGAGGGGAUGAAGGACUGGAAAUCGGCACCUUGGGAGAGCCACCACAGGGCCACCAAAUCAUUGUCCAGGAGCCAAUGGAGGACUGGAGAAUGAGAGAACCAGAGGAUCAGCUGGAAGAGGAGGACGAAGGGGAAAAGGCAGGAGCCAAUGAGGAAUAUUAACACAUACAUUAGUG